GCGUGGCGUAUUUGUGUUUCUACAGGCCCUGAAAAGUGGCCUGGGACUUGCGAAACCGGAAAGAAGCAAUCUCCCAUCAACAUAAAAAUGGCUGAAACAGAAUAUGCAAACAUGGACCCUUUUAAGCUCACUAACUACGACAAGAUGCCGACAGCCAAUUAUACCGUCAAGAACAACGGUCAUACCCUGCAAGUUGAUUUCUCUGAGAAAUUUUUUAACGUUAGCGGUGGGGGAUUGAAAGGAGUUUAUACCACUGUGCAGUAUCACCUUCACUGGGGGUCAGUUGAAAGUAAGGGAUCUGAACACACAAUGGAAAACAAAGCAUACCCCGCUGAGGUUAGUAAAUAAAGAACGUACUUAACAAUUGUAUGCUGCCUCUUCCUUUGUUUACACGGAGCCAUUCGCGAAGCGAGAACGUGGUGAGUAAGGAGAGCUAGAGUGAGGAACCAGCUUCCUGCACGACAACCCCCCCCCCUCCUCCUCACACACCCAUAGCAGGGGUUCUUCUCUUACACUGAGGGUUGGCAAUUUUAACAACAAUUCGUCGCUGAGGUUGGCAAAUGACAAAAAAAUAAAUCAGCCAGGAUAACAAUACACAGUCGCUCUUUCUCAGCACGUGAGAUCGAAGGGGAGAAUCUCAAGGUUGUUUAUACUACUUAGUAGAACAAGUGUAACAUUUACCCCUCCCCUCCUCCCUUUCGAUUGUAGAAAAUUUGCGCUUUUGGGCAUGAAUGAUAAAUUGGAAAAGAAGGGCACUUUCUAUCAACAAAUUCAACAGCAUGUUUUCUGGGAAUGUCAAAACUGCGAGUGGAAUCUUGAGUUCUAGUGAGGCGAAGAAUUUAAGGCGAAAAAUAUUCUUCUUGUUGUCAAGUUUUCGUAUAUUCAACUAGAAAUAAAACUCGACGAAUUGCGAAUCCUGAUUAAUUUAAAACUCUAACUUUAACACUAAAAAACUUUUUUCUUGAACAGAUACACUUUGUUAGCUACAACACCAAAUAUCCAGACAUAGGUACUGCAGUUGCCAAACCAGACGGUCUUGCAGUUCUUGGUGUGUUUAUUGAGGUACUUCCAACAUCUCUUUUUCUUUUCUAUUAAGUGACUUUUGAACCUUUUUUUUUUCUGAUAUUAUGUUAUUUAUUUCUUUUAGGUUGGAGGUGAUGAUAACCCAGCAUAUGGAUUUCUGAAAUAUGCCAAGAAUGUCAUCACAAGUAAAUCAGGCUUUGGGAUUUGAUUUAAUGUUUAACAUCUCUAAUUUGAAACUGUACUGCGCUGUGCUGUAAUUAGUAAGAAGUAGUAAAAAGGCAUGCGCAUAAACAACAUAAAUUUACGGUCCUUCAAUUUGAAUCUGCGCUCCUCGAUAUCUUUUUUUUCUUUUGUGGUCACCAAAAUACUAAUCAUCGUUUUAUUCCAAGUCAUAUCCUGAGUCAUUCAUUAAUGUAUUUAUUCAGCUCUUAAAUUUAAAGUUCGACAUAUAUGCAUAUUUAGUCAUUCACCUUAAUUCGUUUAUUCGUCGAUCAAUUUCUCGUUCUGUUGUUUAUUAUCAUGUCCUGUACUUUCCUAUUUGCAUGUCCACUGGGCCAUACGUUUCUUCGACAUUAUGUUCAGUGCUCAAACAAAUGGCGAUUAACACAAGGAUAAACAAUACACAAUCACAUAGAUGGUUGUAAAGAGUGUCAUCUAUACUUUAAACUGUAUUAAUCCUUUAACCUCUAAAAGUGACCAGCACUCGAUUUCUCCUUACAUCAUUACCCCUAAAUGAGACUUUCCGACAUGAGAAUUAAGAAAGUGAUGUCCACUUGAGAAUUUCCUGACCGUUGAACAAAUUUUCCAGGGCAGUAACAGGGAAUAUAUAAAGGAAACAGUACGGAGAAUAUGCACUCUGAUGUCAGGGUAUAAAGAGUUCGGUAAUUUUCUAUUGUUUGGGUAGGAAGGCGUUCAUUGGAAGAGGACAACAAAUUUCAUAUAAUUAACUGCGCAGAAGACGAUAAUUAGAGAGAUUUGAACUGCUUCAACAAUUGCGCACUUUACAACUUGGCUAAUGAGUUAUGAUAUCAAUUCUCACAGAAUCGAGCAUGCCUAUUAUGCCAUUCAAGCUGAAACCGACGUUGCCAGAAACAGUAGGCAAGUUUUUCCGUUACAGUGGCUCCUUAACCACUCCCGGAUGUAACGAAAUUGUCACCUGGACGGUCUUCAAAGACAGCGUCAAAAUAUCCGAGGAUCAGGUAUAUUAUUUGAUGGUGAUUCUUUGACCGCUAAGAGUGCCACGUGAAAUGACGGCUUUGCAGCUUUGUAAAUAUCAGUAAACAUUCGAUUAAUAACUUUCUCAACUGUUUAAAAUUAUGUCUCGGUUUGUAACAACUUCCCUCUUUUAUGGUAUACUUUUGACUGCGCAUGCCCCAAUCAAUGAAAGGUGAAGUAUCGUUCAGGAGCGCGCCUAACAACCAAAAGGAAAUCUCUCUUUUAAAUAUCUCUUUUUUUUACUCGGUUUUAGGUCGUACUUUUUUUAAUAAGAAAUAAACUCAUCAAAUAUCAGACAAACCGAGAGCAAAUGAUAUAUGUAUGAAGGGCUGUUUUAUGAUUUGGCCUUCACUAAGCUUUCACAGCUGUUUACGUUUUGGGGGAGUGGGAGUGAGAUUCUCUUUUUGACGCUCCUACUUGACAGGGUGAGGGGGAAGGGGGGGGGGGGGAAGAAAGGGAGACCUUUAGCAGUGGUUGAAAUUCAAUUACUAUUGGCAUAAUUUUAUUUUCUUUCUAUAGAUGAAAUAUCUGCGCAUGCUCAAGUUCAACGACAAUUCAACGAUGGUUAACAAUUACCGUCCAGUUCAGGAUCUCUAUGGCCGCGCAGUUAAAAACAGUUUCCAGGAAAUUAUGAAAACCACUCCAACAGCAAGUGCUGGUGCAAGCAUUAUUGACAUAAGCGUUGGUCUGUUCUCACUGAUGCUGUUGACCGCCCUGUUUGGUCGUUAA